CCACCACGGCUCAGGAUCUACACUGGACACCCGAGUAAACCAAGACUUUGAAUCGCGGGAGAAGAUCACGACAACCCCACUCUUCGUUGCAAUCGGCACGCCUUCCUUUCCCGUCAAGCUUGUCCAGUCUUGCCAGUUGCUUGCCAAGCUUGAAAUUUGAAAAAGCGUUUGCUUUUCGGGAAAGAGAGGGAGGAGGGAGACACCCUGGCAGACAGGGGGAGGAGCGCCGGAGAGAGAGUUCGUGACAAACGCACGCCAUGUCUAUCGUCAACGUCACCAACGUCGUCGUUCUGGACAACCCCACCGCUUUCAAGAACCCUCUCACUUUCGAGGUCACCUUCGAAUGCCUCGAAGCGUUGGAUGCUGACCUGGAAUGGAAAGUGAUCUACGUCGGAAGCGCGGAGGAUACUCAGUAUGACCAGGUGCUCGAGGAAGUCGACGUCGGCCCAAUCCCGAUCGGCGUCAACAAGUUCGUCCUCACAGCAGAAUCGCCCGACCCGGCCACGAUCCCACCGACUGACCUGGUGGGAGUGACGGUGACGCUCAUCACGUGCUGCUACAAGCAGAGGGAGUUCAUCCGCGUGGGCUACUACGUCAACAACGAGCACAACGACCCCGCCGUCAACGCAGAGAUCCAGGAGGGACGUAUUCCCCCAGCCGAUACGCUGGACCCGGCGCACAUCACAAGGAAUAUUCUGGCAGACAAGCCCCGCGUCACGCGCUUCCCGAUCGACUGGAACGCGGCUCCCGGGGAAGCAGGGGCUGCCGCCGCCGCUGCUGCCGCCGCCGCCGCCGGUGCUGAUGGGGCGGCUGCUGACGGUGCAAUGGAUGAGGACGACGAGAUGGGGGUGGACAACGGGGUAGAUGAUGGAGAGGAGGCGGCCGCGGUUGCAAGCGCAGGAGGAGAGGGAGAGGGCUCCGAGAGCAUGGGAUCGGACGGGGACGAUGACGAGAGCGUCGAUUCCGACGGUUCAGGGGACGCGAUGGCCGACGAGGCCGAUGCCGAUGCGGACAUGGACGCGGAUAGCAGCGGCGCCGAGGAAAUGGAAGACGUUGCAGGGGACGAGGCGAGGGCCGGGACGGCGGCAAUGAGGGGGGCGGCGGCGGCGGUAGCGGCGGCGGCGGCAACAGAGGCGGCGGCCACGCCAUUAGCGGCAGGGUUGUCAACACGAGUGCUGUCGGCGGCGAGCGACCGAAACGAGAACAUCCAGCCGAUGGUGUUGCCCAACAGCGGAUCAGCACCAGCAAGUGCUACGCAAGUGGCGGCGGUGGCGGAACAGGCCCUGCAGCCGGAGGUCGCUCGAUAGGGGAUGGUGCAGUAACGGCUGCUCACGUGCCAAAGCGCUCCGUUGUCCUGCCUAAUGGUGAG